AUGGACUCGAUCUCUCAUUCCAAGAAGGUGCUUCCUUCGACCGAGAAGCCUGAUCCCGUCAGAAGGCCCUCGCUGCUACCCGCAUUCGAGCCAUUGUCGUCGUCCCCCGGAGGUCUCCCUCGGGCACUGAAGCGCAAAUUCCAAGAAGACGAAGACGAUACGCGCAAGUUCUAUCCUACUCCCGUGCCGACCUCUGCCACCGGUAUCCUCUCGUCAUCGCCAAAUCGACGCGUCCCCGGCCUGCAACGUACCGCGUCUUACUCGUCGCUUUCCGAGAGAGCCCCUCUGGGCACAGUACCCAGUGUCAAGCUACCUUCCAAUGGCGAUCCUCUCCUCAUGGGACGUUCGAGCAACUCUUCCGACUACCAGCUGUCAGCCAAUCGUCUGAUUUCACGCGUCCAUGUCAAAGCCACGUACAAUGCACCCGACGGUCCGCGUCUUGGCGAGAUGGUCGUCCAGUGUCUAGGAUGGAAUGGAGCAAAGGUCCACUACCAGGGAUCUGUCGUCGAGUUGGCUAAGGGAGAGAGCUUUGUGUCUCAGAAGCCUGGUUCGCAGGUCAUGAUCGAUGUCCAAGAAACUCGUGUCUUGCUGGCAUGGCCCCAGGAAGAGAAGCAGUGUCCCUGGGACCUCGAAUCAUCCGUCAGCAGAGAAAACAGUGCCGUGCCUGAAAGGAUCGCGUCAAGUCCUCCUCCUGUCCUGCCCAGACUACGCUCUCCAGAGUCUCCCUCGCCCAACCAACACGACAGCGUCAACGACACCUUCUCCGAGACCUUCAUCGCCGAUCCCUUUGAUCUUCCCAGCAGCCCAGCCCCUGUCCACGUCUACGAAGACAAUGAGCCAGCUGAGGACGAUGAUCUGCCUGCCUCGUCGACCCCCGUGCCUGCAACCAGGCUUUCNCCCGAACCUGUCGACCACUCGACGCCCACCCCUACCAAGGCCAGUGUACAGCAGUCCAUGUCCACCAACCCUUCGGACGCGCCUGAGGAAGCGCUCGAGAACGAUGAAGAGAACGAUCCCAUUGUCCACUCGUUUGGCCCAUACGGCGACAAUCUCCUCUCACGCUUCGAGUCCUUCAAGUCGACCUGCAAAGAGGAGGAACGUCCACGCGUUCCUCUCAAGAUCAGCCUCAAGUCUGUCAACCAACUACGCGCUGAUCCUCAAUCAGUCCAAACGAGUCGCAACCUCUCGCCUGUCAAAAACCACAUCAUCAACCAGUUGGCCUUUACACGCAUCCACUCCCUGCCCAUCUCGGCCAUCUAUAACAAUCUUCCAGCAGAGAUGAAGGGUGGUCGUAGCUUCGGCGAGAAGGCACUGUCCUCGGAAGAACUCAAGGACCUUAUGGACAGAAUUCCUUGUGUCGGCGAGAUCGCUCGCUCGGGUAAAGACGCCGCUGGCAAGGCUCUGGAAGAUGAGUUCUACUACGUUCCUGAGAUGGACACUGAUGAGCACCGACGCGCCGCCGUGAGCAUCGCCAAACCUCCUCUUAGAUCCACUCGCAAACAACACAAGGUAGGUGCUUCUUCUGUCUCUCCUCGAUUGCAUGUCCUAACUUUACUUUCUAGNCAAUACUACUGGAAGAAGCCUCGUGUCUGA